GAUAAAUAGUACCAACAUCUAAACAACCAACAAGAAUUAAGACCGUCCCAAUUACUACUUUUCUCUCCGACUCACUCUCUAAUUAGUCCAGUAUCAUGUACGUGUCUGAGCAGCCCCCUCGAGCCAUCGACUUCUACAAAGAAGAAGAUAAUCCCGAAACAGCCACCGGAGAUAUGAUCAUCGAGGUCUCCACAGCCAACAACCACCUCCCUCCGCCCCAGCACCGCCAAGUCUUGGGCGUCGGAGGAGGGGGUGACACCACCAGCAGCGGUGGCGAAGACAACACCAAUACAACCCACCCAUUAUCUUCUUCUUCUGACUUAAAAGCCCCUAAAAAACGAGCUGAGACGUGGGUUCAAGAAGAAACUCGAGCCCUUAUUAGCUUAAGGAGAGAAAUUGAUUCCUUAUUUAAUACUUCGAAAUCUAACAAGCAUUUGUGGGACCAGAUUUCUCUGAAGAUGAGGGAAAAAGGGUUUGAUAGAUCUCCAACUAUGUGUACUGAUAAGUGGAGGAAUUUGCUCAAGGAGUUUAAGAAGGUGAAACAGAAUGGGGACAGAAAUGGGUCCGCGAAGAUGUCGUACUACAAGGAAAUUGAGGAGAUUCUGAGGGAAAGAAGCAAGAACAGUAGCAGUUACAAGAGCCCUCCUCCUACUUCUUCCAAUAAAGUUGAUUCCUUUAUGCAGUUUUCUGAUAAGGGUAUUGAUGACACCAGUAUUACAUUUGAAACAGUUGAAGGUGAUGGUAGGCAGCCCCUUAACUUGGAAAGGCGGUUGGAUCAUGAUGGGCAUCCUCUGGCCAUCACUGCAACAGAAGCAGUUGCAGCUAGUGAAGUUUCCCCCUGGAACUGGAGAGAGAAUCCUGGAAAUGGUCAUCAGAAUGCAUCAUAUGAGGGGAGGGUCAUAUCUGUCAAGUGGGGGGAUUACACAAAAAGAAUUGGUAUAGACGGCACUCCUGAUGGCAUCAAGGAAGCUAUCAAGGCCACUUUCAGGUUAAGGACGAAGCGUGCAUUUUGGCUGGAGGAUGAUAGUAACAUUGUCCGAACUCUUGAUAGGGAUAUGCCCUUGGGGAACUAUACCCUCCAUGUUGAUGAAGGUCUGACAAUUAAAUUCUGUCUGUACGAGGAAGCAGAUGACUUGCCAGUGCACACUGAGGAUAAAACGUUUUACAGUGAGGAUGACUUUCGUGAUUUUUUGUCUCGUCGAGGAUGGACGUGUCUGAGAGAGUACGAUGGUUACCGAAACAUCGAUAGCCUGGAUGAUCUGUGUCCUGGUGCAGUGUAUCGCGGUGUAAAUUUAGGGUAGAAUUAGCAGAAUUUAGGAACUUAGACCCUGAUUUGGAUUUCAAACAUCGUACCAAAACAAGAAAGUUAAUUCUCGAAAUUGCGCUUUGUUGGUCUGGCCUGCCCCUGUCUGGGACGCUGUUUGCGUCCCUAAAACGAGAUUUUAUGUCUGUUGGCUUAAUUACGUUUUGACUGCCUUGGAAGGUGGUUUGGCCAAAUGACUACCUUGUACCCCUGAAAGUAACUUCUGUUGAGUAUCUCAAGCGGAAUUAAUGAAGAGAGGAUAUUGUACCUUGCAAA